AUGUGGCAUCAGGCUAGGCAUGUUGCGGCUACAGGUAGUUCUGUGGCACAAAGCCUUAGUGACGACUAUGCCAGAAGAGUAGAGCUCAAUAGACGAAAUCUCAGCAAAAUCAUACACACAAUUCUCUUCCUUGGUCGCCAGAACAUACCUUUUCGUGGACAUCAUGAAAGUGAGGGUUCCUUAAACAAAGGGAACUUCUUAGAGCUACUGAAUUUGAGAGCAUUAGAUAAUCCAGACCUUGCUUUACAUUUGAAAGGAACAUUUACCUAUACGUCGCCAAAAAUACAAAAUGAAAUCAUUGCAUUGUGUGGAAGAAGAAUUCAGCGUGGAAUAGUUGAGGAGGUCAGGAAAUCCGGAUGCUAUGGUUUAAUAUGUGACGAAACGACUGACAUUUCUCGUCAAGAGCAACUCUCAAUUUGUCUUCGAUAUGUUGACGAAACAGUAACAGUGCACGAACGUUUUCUAGGAUUUUGGCCUGUUAAGGAAACUGAUGGUGAGUCAUUGCAUAACUUUCUCAAGGACGUACUGAAAGAGCUCGGUAUUCCAGUAUGCAUGAUGAGAGCACAAUGUUAUGACGGCGCUGCAAAUAUGAGAGGACGAUAUAAAGGAGUUAGCACUAGGUUUCUACAGGACGAGAGCCGAGCCAUAUACAUCCACUGCCAUGCUCACGUAUUAAACCUAACCCUUGCCAAAGCUUGUACUUCUGUUCAGGAUGUUCGGAACAUUCUCGGUGUAGUGGAUUCCUUAUAUAAAUUACUGGAAGGGUCAGCAAAAAGGCACAUGCGAUUCAAGAACAUCCAAGAAUCCGUGGAUUCAGAAAACCCGGCUACCACUCUGAAAAGAAUUUGCGAGACUCGUUGGUCUUCUCGUUACCAAGCAGUUAAAGCCAUUAAGGUGGCUUUUAAAUCCAUAGUUCAAACCCUUCAAACUAUUGCAAGUGAUGAUGCAGAAUUAGGAGCAGACGCUGUGUCUCUUCAGAAGUCGGUUGAAACGUUUCAAUUCUACUUCUAUAUUUCUGUUCUAGAGGCAACUUUGGGGAAAACGGCUGUUUUAUCUGAAUUUCUCCAAGCAAAGCAUGUAGAACUAUUUGGAGUAAAGGCCAAAGUUUUGGGCACAAUUGAGGCGUUGAAUUGUGUUAGAGGGGACUUCGAGAUGAUUUGGAAGCAAACUGAAAAGCUUGCAGAGGAGCUAGAUCUAGAAAUGCCUCGUUUGGCUCGAAAACGGAAAGCAUCUGAGCGCUUAGAGUGGGGAAGAAGUGAACCAUAUUAUCCAGCAACGCCAAAAGACCAGUUCAGAAUGACUGUUAAUGAACUUGUUGACACGAUGAUAAUGGAGUUGAGAGAAAGAUUUAACGAAAACAAUUAUGACGUUCUCACUGCUGUAGAGACUCUUUUAGCAGAUGCCUUGACAGAGACCAAACCAAACUUGAGUCUUCUUCAGACAGCUUGUCAGUUUUAUAGAAGUGAUUUUGACUAUUCCCGUCUACACCACCAGCUUACUGUCUUCUAUGGUGAAAUAAAGGCGAUAGCAUCUUCUCAUGGAAAAAGACAAAUAGAGUCCGAUUUACCGGCAAUACAGCAUAUUAGGCAGCUGUUUGCUGGAAAGGGUCUUAGAGACAGCUAUCCAGAAGUUUUAAGGCUUUUGCAAAUAUAUCUGGUAGUUCCAGUCUCAUCAGCAGAAUCUGAGCGUUCCUUUUCUACUCUCCGUCGUCUAAAGACUUGGCUUAGGAGUUCUAUGGAAGAAGAAAGACUUGCAGCUCUGGCCUUACUAACAGUUGAGAGAGAAGAGGUAUUAAAGUUAGAGGAAGCUAUUGAUGAACUCAUAGAAGAGUUCUGUGCAAGAGGAAACCGCAGGAUGAUUUUUCAGUAA